CAAGUCAUUUCCUCAGUAACCAGGUUCACAAUGGACGAAUGCUAUCCCAUCACUGUAGAAGGAAACUGGUCGACUAAAAAUGCUAAAAGUGUGAAAAAUAAACUUCAGAUUUACUUUCAGAGUAAGAAAUCUCGAGGAGGAGACUGCUUUGUGCAAUAUAAUGAUUGGAGCAACUCUGCUACGAUUCUGUUCAAAUCAUCUAGCAUCCGAGAUGGCGUGCUCUCAAAGGCAGAACACAUUAUUACCAUUGACAAUAAAGAAAUUAAGCUGAAAGUGUUCAAACCCAGCACUGGACAAAAGACAGAGGAGGCCUGUGGACAUCAGGAACCAAGCCAAAAAGGUGUGCUCUCCCAGGCUACAAAUGAUGGCGGUCAGCAGUUCGAGUCAAAAGUUUUCAAACCCAGUGAUUUGGAGAAAGCAGACAGCACUGGACAAAGAACGGAGCAGGCAUGUGGAUAUCAGGAACCAAAUGUCCUGCAAACUGAGUUGGAUGUAAAGAAACCUAAAGAGUCAGAUGCUGUGGUCCUGGAGAACCUUCCAGAUGAUUUUAGUCAAGAUGUUUUGACUCUUUUGGUGGAGAACAUCGCCAAUCUUUGUGAAAAUGACUUUAGCAUGGAAUUAAUACCAGAAUUACAAAAAGCAGUUGUGAUCUUUAAAAAUCCCAGUGCUGCAGAAAAGUUCCUUGAGGACAGUAGGACACAUGACAAGUUCAAAAAGAAUAAUCUGAGGGCUCGUGCACUGGAGAGAAGCACAUGUGUGCGAGUAGAAGAUCUUCCACCUGAGGCCAACAACAAGAUGCUGCUGGAACUGUAUUUUGAGAAACGGGGCGGUCCAGUAGAGGAAGUUGUCAUAAUUCCAGAAGAACAAGCAGCCAUGAUUACCUUUAAGGAGGAAGAAACCAAAGAGAGAGUUUUGAAGCAAGAAAAUAAAAUCUGUGAUGUUCCAGUCAAGAUGUAUCCCUACUUUAAAUCACUGGAUACAAUCUUGUAUGGUGGCAACAGGCCUAGUUUUAAGUUGCCUGAACCUGUUACAGUCAUUGUACAUCCUGGCAUCAGGAAGUUUAUGCUUAAGAAAGGGCAGAUUUCCUCCAUUAAAGACCAAAUGAGCUCACACUUCUGCCAGAUAAACAUGGACAAACCUGACGUUUUGCUCAGUCCUGAUCCAGCAUUACUGAAACAGAAAGGAGUUACCAGAAGACACAUUGAUAGCUGGAGUGAAAAUACCAUUGAUGCCUUCAAGAAACUCAUGUCAAACUACACAACAUCUGAGUGGCCUGUGUCACCCACCUUGUGGUCUAAAGUGGAGAGAAAAAUUAAGGAAUUAGUGAAAGAUCAGGUUUUUAUAGAUUUGGAUGCUUCUAAAGGGGUAUUGACACUGGCAGGAAUGGCCCAUGAAAUAAUUGGACUGAAACCCAUCAUAGAAAAGUUUUUAGAGAGGGGAACCAAUCAAAUGGAGAGGGAGAAGAACAGUGUGACAGAGCACAUGGAGAUUUCUCCUGCCAUGUACUCUCUGCUUGAACAAGAUGGUCUGAAAAUCGCAGUUUCUCCAGACCUGCACAUUGACUACAACAAAAAGGUGAACAGACUUAUUUUAUCCGGUCUUCAUACAGAAACUCUUGCCUUCAAGAAUUGGGUCCUUGAGAAGCAAAUAAAUAUGAAACAGAAGCCCUUACAGAUUAACCGUUCAAUCAUGGAGUUUCUGAGAUCAGUGGAUUGUAAUGAAAUGUCCAGAGAUCUGUUCAUAUCUCAUGGAAUAACUGCUGUCUACACAAUUGAAAAUGGAGAUGUUGUUGUGACUGGAAGCACAGAAAGAGCACUUGCUGAGGCAGAGAAGAAAGUGAGUACAGUUUUCACAACCAAAGAACUCACUGUUGAAGAUCAAGGCGUCCUUCAAAUGCCAGCAUGGCUCGAACUCGAAACGCAAUUGCAAGAAUUGUUCAAUAUUUCCAAAAAAACAUCUGUGAUUAUAUGUUUAUCUAAACAGAGAGACAAAGUCACAGUGACUGGAUUUAGAGAACCAGUAAUGGAGGUCAGUGAGAACUUAGGAUGUUUUAUUGAGAAACACACUAGAAUUGAAGAAACCGUUCGUGUCAAAUCACAUGCAGCAUUUGAAUUAAUAAAAGAAAAAAAAUCGCAAGAAUGGCAACGUUUCAUUAAGUCUGAUGAGAUGAAAGUGAAUUUUGAUUCUAAGAGACCCUGGAUAAAACUAUCUGGAGAGCGUACAUUAGUCAAGCCAGCUUUUACCUUCUUUAGAGGGUUGAUAAAUGAUCUCUGCACAGACACACUGAUCAUUAAAAAGGCAGGAGCAAAGAAGUACUUCAUGGAGCAGGGUAAAAUGAUGCUCUCAAUGCUGUUGAAGGAAAAAAGAUUUGUGGUGGUUCUUCAGGAAGAUGGUAUGCUGGAAGAGGAGGAAGAUGAAUUUACUGAAGCUAGUUUUGAAAAUAUUGGCCAGGUCUCUUGUGAGGUUCGAAUACCAGGUGGAGUAACUGUUACUGUCAGGAAGGCAGAUAUUUGCAAGAUCAAUGUUGAUGCUGUGGUCAAUGCUGCUAAUGAAGAUCUGAAGCACAUUGGUGGAUUAGCUCUAGCACUUCUCCAAGCUGCUGGACCAAGUCUGCAGCAAAUCUGUGACCAACACACAAAAGCAAAUGGGCCUCUAAAGCCUGGAGAUGCUAUCAUCACUGACGCUGGUCGUCUUCCCUGUAAAUAUGUGGUGCAUGCUGUUGGACCUCGUUUCAGUGAUUCAGACAGACGUAUCACUGAGCAAUGCCUGAGAUGUGCUGUGAGGGAAAGUCUGAAAAGGGCAUUAAGCAAAAACUGCUCCUCCAUUGCAAUUCCAGUUAUUAGCUCAGGGAUAUUUGGUUGUCCUCUUGAUCUUUGCACUGAAUUGAUUGCCAAGGAGGUGCAUGAGUACAUUGAAUAUCAUAACCACAGAGGAUUCAAUAGCACAUUAACUGAAAUUCACCUGGUUGACAAUAAUGACAGUACAGUGAAUGCCAUGACUCAAGCUGUCAGAAAGGAGUUUGCAGCCUAUAACCCCAAAAUGUCCCCCCAUAAAAUCAAACCUCAUGGGCAUAUUAACAAUGGACAAGGGUAUCGUGAAAAUGUUCGUGGUCGUGGCCAUGGAAACUAUGGCCAAAGAAAACAAGACAUUGAAGCCCCCAAAGGUCAUGGCAAUAGAGACUUCGCAGGACAAGCACACUGGAGAGGGGAAACCUCAAGCUUUGGUGGCAGAUCAUAUAACUCUGAAGGGUUAAAUGUUGUUGAGAGAAAAACUAUGCCAGAGGGACUAAAAAUUAUUCUGUGCAAAGGGAACAUCCAGGAUGCAAGUGCUGAUGUCAUUGUAAACACUGUGUCAGAAGAUCUGGAUCUCAGUAAAGGUGCCGUCUCCAAUGCACUCCUUCAGACUGCUGGUCAUCAGCUCCAGUCAGAAAUCACCAGAGCUGCUCGCUCAAAGAAUGUGAAUUAUGGUGAAAUGAUCAUCACAGAUGGUUAUAAACUGAAAUGUCAAAAAGUCUUCCAUGUAGUUUGUCCAUUUUGGCAGGGCUCAGAACAAAAGGUACUCAGUCAGAUCAUUAGAAAUUGCCUGAAAAAUGCAGAUAAGUGGAGAAUGGCUUCAGUCGUCUUCCCAGCGAUCGGGACUGGGAAUCUUGGCUUUCCUAAAGAUCUGGUGGCCAAACUCAUGCUGACUGAAGUCCAGGAAUUUACCUCUACAAACCUUCAAGAGGUAACUGUGAUUGUGCACCCUUCUGACAGAGAGAGUAUAGAGUGCUUCACCAGCGUCUUUAGACAUGGGGUUCAGAGUCCCAUCACAAAAGAAGCACAUCGACAUGACAAGUAUAAAAAUAAUUCUGGAAAGUCAGGCCAGACCUCUGGGGCCAUUGGCAAAGUCUCCUCUCCGUCUCUUGGGGUGCACACUAUGCAGAUGGGUCAGGUGACUCUGGAGGUUUCUUCAGGAGACAUAACUAAAGAAAAAACAGAUGCCAUUGUCAACUCCUCAAAUCAGACAUUUUCUCUGAAAGCAGGAGUAUCCAAGGCCAUAUUAGAUGCUGCUGGACUACAAGUGGAACAUGAAUGUUCACAGAUUGUGAAAUCAUCAAAUACGCAGCAAACAGAGAUUGUGACUUCAGCCGGGCAGCUUCCAUGUGGAAACAUCAUCCAUGUUAUUGGACGCAAUAAUCCAUCUGAAAUUAAGGAUGUUGUUUUGUCUGUUCUGGAGUUAUGUGAGGCACGCCAGAUUACUUCUGUUGCCUUCCCAGCUCUUGGCACUGGUCAGGGAGGUGCAAAAGCAGCUGAUGUUGCAGAUGCAAUGGUUGAUGCAGUGGUUGAAUUUAUAAAGAAAAAGAAACCGGUGCAUGUACGGCUUGUGAAGUAUCUUAUAUUUCAAACGAACAUGGUGGAAGACUUUCACCAAACCAUGAUCAGAAGAUCUGGUGAGAAAGUAGAAGAGGAUAAAAGUCUGUUUACCAAAUUGAAAGACUUUAUCUUCAGGGGGAGUUCAGAAUCUCCCACAGAUGAAGAGUUUGUGAUGGUGGGUGAAGAUAUUGAGCCAGCUGUGUUUCAGCUGUGUGGGGAGACACCAAAGGACCUGAGUGAAGCCAAAGACAUGAUCAACAGCAUGAUAUUACGGGAGCAUGUGAGCAUCCCAAUCCGUGAUCCAGCCAUUGCUCAUUUCACCAGGGAGGAUGGAGAAACACUGAACGCCAUGCAGAGGGAGCUCUCAGUCAGUGUCCGUCUUGAGAAGAAAGGUCAGGACUCUGUGAUCACGCUGGAGGGUCUGACAAGAGAUGCUUACACUGCAGAGAUUCGUAUUCGAGACAUGAUCAGAAAGGUGGAAAGAAAUGAAACCCGAAGAAGUGAGGCUUUUAUCAUUAGCAGUAUGGUUCAGUGGAAAUAUCAGGAAAAUGCACGCAGCGUCAAAAACUUUGAUAUGUUGACUAAUUAUGACCUGGAACAGGCCUAUCGGAGGAAACAGCCAAUAGUGAAAAUCAAGAUUAGCAAUGAUGAAUAUGAAGUUGAUUUAGUUAGGAAGGAGGCCACAAGAAGUGGAAUAAAGAUUGAACUGAAUAGAGUAGAUCUGCAAGCUGCAGCUGCUGCUCAAAGCCCUUUGCCUUCACACUGGGAGGACAUGAAAGGACAGUCAGUUGUUCUUGUAAAACUUACACCAGACUCAAAGGAAUAUGCAGAAGUGGAGAAGGAGUUCAGGAGAACCAAUCUAACCAAUAAUAUCAUUGAAAUUGAAAGAGUCCAAAACAGCGCACUUUGGAAAAACUACAUGAUCAAAAAGGAGGAACUGGAAGAUAAAAACAAACACAAAAAUAACGAAAAGCUUCUCUUUCAUGGAACUGGCUCUGAUAAAACUGAUCAUAUCAAUAAUCACGGCUUUAAUCGCAGCUUUGCUGGCAUGAAUGGAGCCAUGUAUGGGAAUGGUUCAUACUUUGCUGUGGACCCACAAUACUCAGCUCAAGGGUAUUCUAAACCUGAUGCCAAAGGACACAAACACAUGUAUCUUGUUAGGGUGCUUGUUGGAGAACACACUCAAGGAAAACAAGGCCUUCUUGUUCCCCCUGCGAAGAGCUCCAGUAGUGCUGAUCUCUAUAACAGUGUGACUGACAACAUGACCACCCCAUCCAUGUUUGUGAUCUUUAAUGAUGUGCAAGCUUAUCCAGAAUACCUAAUCACCUUCCAGUAAUGAUUAUUAUAUCUGUUUCUGUUUCUUUGAAGUUUUACAUUGAUUUGAUAAAGCUGAACAUAAUAUAUGAAUAAUGAUGGUUUAGUCAGACAGAGAUAUGUAGUGCAGAAUGUAAAAUGUAAUGCAAAAUGUGAUUUAUUUUAUAAAUUGUGGCAUAUAUCUGAAUUAGUUGUAAUGUAAUCAUUGAAUCUGGUAUUGUAGCUAUUUUAUCAGUUAAACAUGCCCAGACAUACCCAUUAAUAAAAGAAAAAAAUUGGAAAACAAUCGUGUAUUACUGAGAAAGACAUUUAGACAGUCUCAAAUCUCACAGUUCCCUUUUAUUAUUUAACUACACUAAUCAGCAAUUGUUUUUAUAUAUAGUAAUGUAUUGUCUAACCAGGAAAAAUAUGUUUUCAUCGUAUACAUAUAUGGGGAUUGUGCAAACCAUUACACAAAAAUAAAUGUAACAAAUGACUUCACAACA